UCGAAUCGAAUAUUGUAUAAAGGCAGAGGCAGGCACAAUCCCCUCUUAGUCUGUCCACGGACAUGUUUAUGAAUCACAGGCUUAGACAUCGCCAGUUCUGAGAUCAUUGUGAAGCGGUAAACCGUCGCGCCCAGACGUCAAAGUGUAGAUAUUUGAUACUCGACGUCAUAUUGAAACAAAAGUAAGAAUUAGGUGCAUUUUUUAACUUCCAACAAAAUUCUGUGAUUAUACGGACAUUAACAUUUAUUGAUUAAGAAACUAUACAAGUUAGAAUCACUUUUAUCGCUUGAAAAUAAUCACAAAGGAUAAACAAAUAAAGUGUCAAUUUAAAAAAACUUUCAAGUUUUUAUAAAAGAUUGAAAAUUCUGUUUCAAAACAAAUAAUAGCUAAUCAAUAUCACGCGUUCGGAACUUGAUGUCUAGAUUAACCUAUUCGGCGGAUAGUACUGAUAACAAGCAAUAAUCUUACAAUAAAAACAAACAAAAAAUGCCUUUUUGUACAAAAAGGAAGGUGCAAAGAGUUAUCAUUUAGUACGAUGUUACUUAAGUACUUUGUUCUAGCAAUUAUAUCUUUUUCAAACGCACCAGUUUUAUGUACGGAAUGGAUUGAUUGCGGCCCAGCAAAGAGUUUUGAAGUUGAAUUAGGAAAUAACCAAAAAGUAUUUGUUUACGAUUCCCAAAUACAAGUAAAAUAUGACAGAAAUGAAUUGGCAGUAUAUGAAUACACUGGCCAUGAUAAUGUCAACAUUCUCAUUAACAAUACACUGAUAACUAUUACAGGUCAUAUAGUACCGGAACGUGAAGAGUUUAAUCCAAAUGCUUUGAAAACAUCUAAAGUAUUCCAUUCAAAAAUUGCUGGAUCGGCAAAAUUGAUGAAAACAAAACUCAACGAUUUAACUCUUGCGGAGUGCAACCUGUAUCUAUCUAGAAAACGAAAUGAAGAAGAAUUGAACAUACCAGCUCAACUGCAAGUCGAGAUUAUCCACGAAGCAGCUUUGUGCGUUAAAUCAACAAUAUGUCAAAGAUUGGGUGUAAUCACAUCUGAGGAUAUGAAGAAAGCUAGAGACCAUCCUUUUAAUUUUGGACGAAUUACGGUUACUGCAGCAAACAAUCACGUAGAAGAAUCUAAAUCAGUAAUCACUACCCUUGAGUCUAAGCCAAAAUUCAGUGUAAACGAUAUUCGAUCAUUUCUGUCCACUUAUACAAUUGAAACAAAUGACGUUAGUCGGGAUGUUCAGUCCACAAUAAACAAACUCGUGGAUCUGGCUAUAGCUGAGCUUGUAAAGAAGCUGAAUGAAGAAAAUCAGGGAAAAAUCAAAAUACCUGACCUCGACCAGAAUUUUUCAACUGGUUCGUCAUGGUGGGCGACUACAGGCGAAUUUAACGCCUAUGAGGGUACAUUUGAAGACUUAACUACUCUAUCAAGAACUGAAGAUGCUGUCUUAGCACACAAAGGCUUAAAAUUCACUGCAUCAUGCGGAUUCGGUCUUUCCAAAGCUAAUAUGGAGUAUCAAAAGUAUAAGCUGAGAUACGGGAUUAUCAAAGUCAACGGUAAACUAUCAGCAAGCGUCGAUGGCGUGGCUCUUGCAGCGACUGUUGGCGUUGACUAUAAUCAAAAACCGUGUCGCGCUGUUUUGGAUAGUCUGCGAGUAAGCCAACUUGGUAAAGUCAAAGUUAAGCUAACUGGGCUCGGGCCAUUGAACAAGCUUUUGUCGAAACUUGUUACCUGGAUCACGAAAAAAUGGCAGGAUGACAUCGUCAAAGUAGUGGAGAAAAAACUUAUGGACAUCGUGGUCAAGAAUUUAGAUAAAUUCAAUUGCGAAAAAUUUAGACCAUGAUCAUGAUUAAAUAUUAAUUCGAAGAGUUUUUCUAAUUGUUACGGAACCCAAAAAAAUUUCAAAUCAAUUUUAAAUUUCUGGUAAUAAUGUACGUUUGUUACCACAUAAUUUUACAAGUUUUCAAUAAGCACCAAAAGUGAACAAAAGUAUUCACAAAUUUUUAGAAGAAAGCUGCCAUAUGAGAUUAAAGAAGAGAAUUAUUGCUAGUCAAUAAAUAUUUUAACUGUUUAAUAUAUUAUUUUUUUGAUUAUUUUAGAAUUUGUCAAAUUCAGCAAAAUUGGAUUAACUUAAACUUAUUCUGAAUUUUUUUUACAUAUUUUAAUGUACUCAUCAAAUAAAAUGCUUUUACCAUUUCUACAAUAA